AUGGCUUCAAGACAACCAGAAGUGCCUGCUCUUGGGCCCAGUGGGCCUCUAGGCAAGAUGUCCCUCCCCAUCGGGAUGUGCCGCCGGGCAUUCAGCUAUGAUGAUGCCCUGGAGAACCCUGCGCCCAUGACUCCUCCUCCAGCGGACAUGGGCAGCAUCCCCUGGAAACCAGUGAUUCCAGAGCGCAAGUACCAGCACCUCGCCAAGGCGGAGGAAGGAGAGGCCAGUGUAUCCCCCACUGCUGUGACCCUGGCAACGGCCACUGACAGUAUGGACAAGGUCCCGGUGGUGAAGGCUAAAGCUACCCAUGUCAUCAUGAGUUCCCUGAUCACAAAACAGACCCAGGAGAGCAUUCAGCGUUUCGAGCAACAGGCAGGGCUGAGAGAUGCUGGCUACACACCGCACAAGGGCCUUACCACCGAGGAGACCAAGUACCUUCGUGUGGCAGAAGCACUCCAUAAACUAAAGCUGCAGAGUGGAGAGACAACAAAAGAAGAGAAGCAGCCUGCAUCAGCCCAGUCCAGUCCAAGCAGCACCCCUCAUUCUUCCCCGAAGCAGAAGUCCAGAGGCUGGUUCAUGACUGGUUCCUCCACAGCUUUAACGGGCCCAAAUCCUAGCACCAUGGAUCCUGGAAGUGGGGAUAAGGAUAGAACCUCAUUAGAUAAAUGGAAUGUCUUUGGAUCAAGACCCCUCCAGAAGUCUGAUUCUGGAGGUUUUGCUGUCCAGGCCUACAAAGGAGCCCAGAAGCCCUCUCCCAUGGAGCUUAUCCGUGCCCAAGCCACCCGAAUGGCUGAAGAUCCAGCAACCUUCAAGCCACCCAAGAUGGACAUCCCAGUGAUAGAAACGAAGAAACCACCACUGCGGACCCAUAAUCUCAAACCACGUGACUUAAAUGUUCUCACACCUACUGGGUUCUAGAGUGUUUUCUGUCCCAGGGUAGAGGGUUUCUUGUGUCCCACUUCCCUUGGCUCUCACAUAGGAAUGGUAUAUUUUUAAACCUCUUAAAUGGAGGCUACCACUGGAGAUAGUUAAUUUUUGAGAAACAGUGUAAAGCUUGUACUUGUGUGGAAGAAACCAUUUUGUACUGCUUUGGACUAAAAAAAUCUGAGCCGUAAUUUUGGGGGACCUUGCAACCUAUUUUUGUAUCAUAUACCCUAGACAAGAACUUCAAUCACUGCUUACUAGGUAAAUAAUGUUUAUGCUAGUGCAAAACUGAUAUUUGUUUUAUCAUGAUCAACAUGAACAUUGACAAAUCAUGGUGUAGAGGUGCCCACUAACUUGUUUGGGCACUAACUUUGGCCCAUUGACCGUGCUGGUGCUGUGCUCCAGCUCAUCAUUUGGGACCUAAGAUACAUUUGAGAUCUGGGUACAGUUAGCAGGCAGUCCAGGGAGGGAUGUCACUUGGAGUCACCUUACUUUUUAGUCAGCCUAACGGAUUAUUUUGUCCUGCAGCCAUUCCUUCAUGCCUCUUGGUACUUCCUGGGCCACUGCCACAGGAGAGAUACUUCCCUCUUAUGAUAGAACAGUGUUGCUUAUCCUGUCUUGCACUUUAAAGUGAGAUUAGUUUAAAGUCCAAUUUGGUUGAAAACUAAGAGAAAAUUCAGUCUCCUGAUUUCAUACUGAUUACAUAUGUAUAGGUUUUUUUCCUGGGGGCAGUGCUAGGAAUGAACCUGGGGCCUCACACAUGCUAGACAGGCACAAUACCACUGAGCUUACCCCUAACCCCUAGAUAUUUAUAUUAAAUUUUUUUUAAUGUAAAGAUGGUUAGUACAGUUAUAGACUUUAGGUUCAUAUAAAAUGAGUCAUGUUUUGAUUUUUGGCCAGAUCAGGGCCUGAAAUUUUGUGGGGUGAGAUUGGUCCAAGAAUUCAAAAUUUUUCUGUAAUGGAAGAAUUUCUCACUAAAAUGAGGCUCAUACCUUUAUGUGACACAUACCUUACUGAAGAAAGGAAAGAGAAACUGCUUUUUUAUUUCUCACUAUGUACACGUUCAUUGUGGUGAACAGUCUCAGAUACUGCUUUUCUUUUUGCUGUACUGGGGAUCGAACUCAGGACCUUGCACUUGUGAGGCAGGCAUGGCGCCACUGAGCUAAAUCCUCAACCUGUGCUGUUUUUUGUUUUAGGUAGCAUUUUGUUUACAUAGGAACUGAUCUUCCAUAGAGAUGCCCUGGAGUCUAAAAUUGUCACAAUUAAUUUAUUUGUCUUUUUCUUGUUUUGACAAUAAAAAUCCUUACUACUUUCUCA